CCUAAUUCGAUUCUCUCUCUUCCUUUUUCUUCAUCACUCGGUACCCAUCGGAAAGAAGACUCCAGCUCUUCUCAAAUCCCAUAAACCCCACCGCCGCUCCACCUCUCGUCACAUUGAACAGGGCUUGAAAAUGCUGGACGAGAGUAAAUUUGACGUGCAGUUGAAGUUGUGGGCGCUUCGGAUUCCUCGUGAGCUCUGCAAAGUUGCCACUCGGAUACUAAAUGGAUAUUUGCUUGAUAAACCACGCAUUAAGCCAAUUACAGAGGACCCAACUAGUGAAAGGAAUCGUUACAUGAUAUUAUCAGAGAAGGUCCAAGAUUCCGACCUAGCUAUUAUUCCGGAAAAAGCUCUCAAUGAACUGAAGGAUCUAUGCAAGAUUGAAGUAGUACCGUAUUCGUUGACACUAGGGUACUCGUACUGGGGUGCAGACCAUAUAUUGAAGCAGAUUCUGCCCCCUGGAGUGGAGGUUCCUUCAUCUUUUGAAACAAUAGGUCACAUUGCCCAUCUGAAUAUACACGAUGAGUUGACUCCCUACAAGGAUGUGAUUGCCAAAGUUCUUUAUGAUAAGAAUUAUCCAAGAAUCAAGACAAUUGUCAAUAAAGUUGGAUCAAUUUCAAAUGAGUUUCGUGUGCCGAAGUUUGAAGUUUUAGCAGGAGAAAAGGAUAUGCUUACAGAAGUGAAACAAUAUGGAGCGACUUUCAAGCUUGAUUACAGCUUGGUCUAUUGGAAUUCAAGAUUGGAACAUGAACAUAUAAGGUUGGUUUCCCAGUUUCGAGCUGGGGAAAUCAUAUGUGAUAUGUUUGCUGGUAUUGGCCCGUUUGCUAUUCCUGCCGCGCAGAAAGGAUGUAUCGUGUAUGCAAAUGACUUAAAUCCGGAUAGCGUUCGUUAUCUGAAGAUCAAUGCAGAGAUUAACAAGGUUGGUGACCAUGUUCACACAUACAAUCUUGAUGCUAGAGAAUUUGUUUCUCAAUUGAUGGCAGUGCCUGAAUGUUGGAAAGAAUUGAAUUCUGAUGCUUCCAUGCUAAAAACUUGCGAGAAAUGUACCAAUCAGAGUAGCCAGGAAUCAGAAUCAGAAUCAAGCAAUGGAAUACUAACUGCUGAGGCAAAAGAGGUACCAGAUAGUGUUACUUCUAACGGGGACAGUCUACAAGGUUCUCUUAGGCAUGCAGAUGCUUCAGUACCUCCAGUUAAAAGACCUGCAGAUGUUUAUCAAUCAGGUAUCAAGGGCAUCACAACAGAAAAUGUAAGUGUUAAUGGCACAAACAUUCUUGUCACUGGUAGGAGCAAAGGAAGCAAGAAUAAGAGACUAAGGGGCUCAGAGACAAUCAAUGUUAAAACUUGGGAGCAUGUUGAUCGUGUGAUAAUGAAUCUUCCGGCUUCUGCUCUUGAAUUUCUAGAUGCCUUCAGGGGAGUGAUCCAGAGAAAAUAUUGGAGGGGCACUCUUCCUUUCAUUCACUGCUAUUGUUUCAUCCGAGCAAGUGAAACGCAAGAAUAUAUAAUAUCAGAGGCUGAGGCUGCUUUGAAGGCCAAAAUAAAAGAUCCAAUAUUUCAUAGGGUGAGGGAUGUUGCUCCAAACAAGGCAAUGUUUUGCUUAAGCUUUAGGCUGCCAGAAGCAUGCCUUAAUUAAGGCGUCCUGCAGAGCACGGAUAAGCAUCAGCAGACAUUGUUGUUUUUUCAGAUGGCUUGCUUCUCCUUCAUUUUGGAUCUCAGUAAUGGAGAAAAUACACAAACUGAAGCUGGUUUUGCUUUGUUCACUUGCUGAUAGAGAAAUCUGUCCAACUGACAAGGAAGCCAAAAUACCCUGCAGCAGGUGACCAAACAACUUAAAGUCCAAGAUUCGUGACAAUCACAGACAGAAGAUAUGUAGUUAAGGACUGAGCUUGUACAAAAUGUAACAAGUGAUUAUAUUUCAAUAUAUCAUGAUUGUAAUGCUUACUUUGCUUACACCGGUAUUGUGGUGGUUUGGCACUUUGGUCAAAAGCAUGUUAGCAAAGAUUUGAUGCUGGUCCUGCAACUUAUUGAUACAAGUAUCAUCUGUGAAAACUCAGUAUCUCACAGUUGGACUUAUCUUUCGACAGUGACUGUCAGUUUGACUUAUCUUUUGACUGAUGGUAAAGAUUUAGUACCAUU